AUGAAGCUCACCGGCCUCACCUCGUUGCUAUUCCCUCUUCUCUUUUCACCCUUGACGACGGCAUCCCCAUUGCCCAAGUCCAAGCCCAGCGCGAUCACCACCUUCAGCGAGGCAGUCAUCUUCGAUCCGCCUGCCAACUACACUAUUCCCCGCACGCUCUACGCCCGCACGCUUGAGCUUCCCUCCGGCGUCCUUCUGUCGACCUGGGAGAAUUACUCCGGUGACACCGAUGGCCUCGUCUACUUCCCCAUCUACCGCAGCGUAGACCACGGGGCCACAUGGACGGAGAUCUCUCGUGUCCAGGACACGCACAACAAGAUCGGACUCCGUUACCAGCCGUUCCUCUAUUACCUGGACCAGAAGCUUGGAGGCUACCCUGCCGGUACCAUUCUGCUCGCGGGUAACAGCAUCCCCGAGGAUCUGUCCACCACGGAGCUUGACCUGUACGCCUCGCGGGAUAACGGUGUCACCUGGGAGUUCGUCUCCGAGAUUGCCAAGGGAGGCGAGGCAUUGCCGAACAACGGACUGACCCCGGUGUGGGAGCCGGUCCUCUUGGUGCACAAGGGAAAGCUCAUCUGCUACUACUCCGAUCAGCGCGAGAACGCGACUUACGGCCAGAAGCUCGUUCACCAAACCACCACCGACCUGAAGAACUGGGGACCCGUCGUCGACGAUGUCGUCCACCCAACCUACACCGACCGGCCCGGUAUGCCCGUCCUUGCCAAGCUCCCGAACAACCACUACAUCUACAUCUAUGAGUACGGAUCCUUCUUCAACACCUCGACCUACAGCUUCCCGCUCUACUUCCGCAUCGCCAGCGACCCGGAGAAGAUCGCCGCGGCCGAGGACCAGCGACUGGUCGUCUCGAGCGGCACGAAGCCCACCUCUUCGCCCUACGUGGCCUGGAGCCGUUACGGCGGCAAGCACGGCACCAUCAUCGCCAGCAGCGGCACCCAGAACUCGGUCUUCAUCAACCGGAACCUGGGCAAGGGCGAGUGGACGGAGAUCGCCACCCCCGAGAGCACCAGCUACUCCCGUGAGCUGCGCGUGCUGAGCGAGGACAAGGGUCGGUAUGUGCUGAUCACCGGUGGUGGUGUGCUGAACGGCGGUAGCAACCAGGUGACGACCAGCUUGGUGGAUUUGAGUGCUGCGCUGUGAGGCUGUGUACAUACCCCAGGGGUGGGGGUGAGAGGACGACUGGGGAGGUAGCUUGCAUGUAUUCGAAUAGAAGCCUAGACACGUGCGCCAGGCGACAAUUACAACAUGAAUUUACGAGUUUAGCUUUCGAGCGAGCCUUCCACCCGUGAA